AUAAAUAAAAAUGUAGCAAUAACUAUAAAUCUAUAGAAGAAGAAUAAGAUAAAACACAAAUAGUAGUACUAGUAUUAUUUUGCCGGGGAAUGUAGUUAGGUGUAACAGAUAAUACAGGAGAAAAGUAUGCGUUAAUAACAACCAAUCAUAAUCCAUUAUGGAGUAGUCAAUAAUGCUCUCUUCUCUAUACAUACAGAGAAACUCCAUAGUCCAUAGUCCACGCACACAAUUUGCUUCCUUCUCUCACAGUUUGUGCGUGUUUUUGGUGUAUUGUUUUCCAGUUUCCACACAUAGCUUGUGCGUGUUUUUGGUGUAGUGGAACAAGGUGAAAUAAUGGGAGAUCAAAUGGAGAAGAUGAAGUUACGUCAGAAUUAUGCGAAUCAUUGGCAUACUGAUCUUAUGCGUGCCACUGAGUCUGAUCCUCUUUAUUGCUGUUUCUCGCUUUGGUGCCCUCUGUGUGCAUCGUAUUCCCUCCGCAAACGAGCCCUGUACAAUGAUAUGUCCAGAUAUACAUGUUGUGGAGGCUAUAUGCCUUGUAGCGGCAAAUGUGGAGAAAGACAUUGCCCGGAAUUUUGCCUUUGCACGGAGGUUUGCCUUUGCUUUGCAAAUUCUGUUGCUUCAACACGGUUUAUGUUGCAAGAUGAGUUCAAUCUGCAGACAACAAAAUGCGAUAAUUGCAUAAUAGGAUUCAUGUUUUGCCUAAACCAGUUAGCAUGUAUAUGUAGCCUUAUUGCUUGUCUCACUGGAAGUGAAGAAAUUAAUGAUGCUGCUCAAAUUUUGAGGUGUUUGUCGGAUGUUGUUUACUGCACGGUUUGCAGCUGUAUGCAGACACAGCACAAGGUUGAAAUGGAUAAAAGAGAUGGAAAAUUUGGACCGCGGCCAAUGGCAGUGCCACCUGCUCAACAAAUGUCUCGGUUAGAUCAGGGAUAUCCACCUGCGCAGGCUUAUCCACCAAUGCAGCAACCUCAUGGAUACCCCCCACAGCCCCAUGGUUACCCACCACCACAACAACAGCAUCAAGGCUACCCACCACCACAACAACAGCCUCAGGGUUAUCCACCACCUCAGCAGCAGCCUCAGGGUUAUCCACCACCGCAGCAGCAGCCUCAGGGUUAUCCACCACCGCAGCAGCAGCAGCCUCAUGGUUACCCACCGGUCAAUUAUCCCCCCCCUGGUGCUGGAAAUCCCCGAUCCUGAGUUUCUUCAAUGAGUUGGAACUUUCUUUUUUUGGUGGGGCCGAAAUUCAUUGAUUUCUGCUUGAAUUUAGUACAGUACUUUUUAGACUCUUCUUCUUUUCUUACCUUGUAGAUUAUGGUAGGUCACAAAAUAAUUGAGUUGUGUAAUUAAAGUGGAUGAAUUAAUUGUAUGUGGAGUAAUCAUUCAAUAUCAAUAGUUUAUGCAUCAGACGAACAUUUGAAACAA